GAGAGAGAGAGAGAGGGAGCUGGAGCUGCAGAGGGCUGCGGAAAGGAGCCGAGCGGAGCAGGGGACGGGCUGCAGCGGAUGCCGGGAACCUGCAAGCUGGGUGCGGGCGGAGUGAGAGGCGUGAGUCGGGGGUCCUCCAGUGAGGCUGCGGGGAAAGAGUCCGGUGUCCGGUGCGCGCCCACACGCGCACAUUAACUCAGUCACACGUCUUAGGAGCAGCGGGAGAUGCAUGACGUCACGGCCUCCCGUCGCCCUAGAUGACCGCGCGCGCAGGACGGGAUGAUGCGGGGCUGCUGGACUAGGACGGGAAGCGAUUCCGCUGCCGCGGCGCCUGGACCGGACGGGGACGAAGGGGAGCCGCCGACGCGCGGCCGCCGGCUCUGAUGGCUCCGCGCGCCCCGGGCGGGACAGAGACACAGCAGUCGCCGCGGCGCGAGGGGGAACCGGGCAGCAGGUAUCUGGGAAGUGACGUGGCAUCCGCGCCCCGCGAGCAAGCACAACGGUGCGGCUGUCGUGCGUUUCGCAGGAGGGCAGGAGCGGCAAGGGGAACAUGGCCGCGCAGUCGGACGGCGGCAAAGCCGGGGUCGGGUUCGCACAUCUGUACGAUGUCGACGGCGAGGAGCCCAUGGACUCCGCCGCGAUCCACAUCUGUCAGUGCUGCCGCACCUCCGCCUGCUACUGGGGCUGCCGCUCCGCCUGCCUCGGCUCCCUGCUCGGCGGGGGCCAGCCCGUCGGAGGGAUCGGCAUCCGGGAGACGCACUGCCCGCCCCGGGAGCAGCUGUGGCUGGACUGCCUCUGGAUCAUCCUCGCCCUCCUCGUCUUCUUCUGGGACGUUGGCACGGACCUGUGCCUGGCGGCGGACUACUACCGGCGGCAGGACUACCUCUGGUUCGGCCUCACGCUCUUCUUCGUGCUGGUGCCGUCGGUGCUGGUGCAGAUUCUGAGCUUCCGCUGGUUCGUGCAGGACUACACCGGCGGGGGGCUCGGCGAGGUGGAGGGGCUGAGCAAGCGGGGCGCGGUGGCCCUGGGGUGCCUGUACCCCGGCAGGGACCGCCUGCAGCUGGCCACCAUCUGGCUGUGGCAGGCCAUCAUACACAUCCUCCAGCUGGGACAAGUGUGGAGGUACAUCAGGACGCUGUAUCUGGGCCUCAUGUCGCGGCGGCAGAAGGAGCACCAGCGACGCUGGUACUGGGCAAUGAUGUUCGAGUACGCCGACGUCAACAUGCUGCGGCUGCUGGAGACGUUCCUGGAGUCGGCGCCGCAGCUGGUGCUGCAGCUCUGCAUCAUGAUCCAGGAGAACCGGGCCGAGACGCUGCAGUGCAUCUCCUCCCUGGCCUCCCUCCUGUCUCUCGCCUGGGUUCUGGCCUCCUACCACAAGCUCCUGCGGGACUCCCGUGACGACCAGCGCAGCAUGAGCUACCGCGGGGCGCUGCUGCACCUCUUCUGGCGCCUCUUCACCAUCUCGUCUCGCGUCCUUGCGCUCGCCCUCUUCGCCUCCCUCUUCCACAUCUACUUUGGCAUCUUCGUGGUGCUCCACUGGUGCGCCAUGGCCUUCUGGGUGGUGCACGGGGGCACCGACUUCUGCAUGUCCAAAUGGGAGGAGGUACUUUUCAACAUGGUGGUCGGCAUCGUCUACAUCUUCUGCUGGUUCAACGUGAAGGAGGGCCGGACGCGGUACAGGAUGGUGGCGUACUACAUCGUGGUGUUGGCGGAGAACACCAUCCUCACUGGGCUGUGGUACGCCUACAGGGACCCAGCGUUGACCGACUCCUACGCCUUCCCAGCACUGUGCGGCGUCUACCUGACGUUCGCCGGCGGGGUCCUGGUCAUGCUGCUGUACUACGGCUUCCUGCACCCCGCCACCGCGCACCUUCAGCCAAGCCCCGCCUCUUCCUGCUGCGCCCAGCUGCUCUGGGGUCUCCCCCUGCCCCCGUCUGCCCCGCCAACCGCGCCGCCCACCCCAGCUCACAUGACCAAGUCAGAGACGGAAGAGGACGUGGCCGAGACGUGUCUUCCCGUCUUCCAGGUGAGGUCGGCGCCCCCCGCCUCCAAGCCCGAGGGGCCACUGAUAAAGAUCGACAUGCCCAGGAAGCGUUACCCGGCAUGGGACGCCCACUACGUAGACAGGCGCCUGCGGAGGACUAUAAACAUCCUGCAGUACAUAACGCCAGCCGCCGUGGGCAUCCGCUACCGUGACGGACCCCUACUGUAUGAACUGUUACAGUACGAGUCCUCACUCUGACACACACAUGUAUCAGUACACAUAAGCACAUAUAUGUGCCACCAUAAAAAGAUGUUUGUAUACAUUUAAAGAAGAUAUUCACACACACACACACACAAUGUCACACUUGGUAUAAGCACACAAACACAAAAGCAAUCUGUCACACACACACACACACACACACACACACACA